UUACAACAGUGCGCCCUCCCUCAAAACAAAGCUACCAACAUGGCGGAAGAGAAGGCUGUCAAACACUCUGCGAGCAGUGUUUUGCUGUCAAACGAGUCAAACACUCUCUCAUCUCGUGCGAGCCGUAAAAACACGUGCCGGAUAAAGGAAACGCCGGGAAAGUUAAAGUGAAUAAAGUUUUCGUGUAAUAACAAACCACAGCUCACAAUGGGUAAAAUAAAGACGGAAAAGAUGGAAGGUGAGGAGGAGGUCGAUGUGUCCAUGGUGAAGGAGGAGGAUUCGUACGAAGAUAAGAUCCGGAAUGCGAGCGCAAUCGCGCAGCCGAUGGCGUCUAAGAAGCUGACCAAAAAGAUACACAAACUAAUCGAAAAAGCAUCCAAACAGAAGAACUUUCUUCGCAAUGGACUGAAGGAUGUACAGAUUCGCCUCCGGAAGGGAGAAACUGGACUCGUUGUGUUUGCCGGUGAUGUGACACCGAUCGAAAUCAUGUGCCAUCUGCCGGCAGUGUGCGAAGAGAAGAAUAUUCCCUACUGCUACAUGCCCAGCCGGAAGGAUCUUGGCGCGGCGAUGGGUGUGAAGCGAGGCACGGUCGCUAUGCUGAUCCGCGAGCAUCCCGACUAUCAGGAGCAGUACGAUAAGCUAAAGGUAGAACUCACAACGCUUCCCAUACCUUCGUGAGCAGCGUACGGUAUAGGAAAGCCUCGCAUCGCCCCCUAUUUUUAUUGUUUAAACCGAAAUCUUAAUCGUUGAGGAGGAAUAUCGCAAGCAUAUUUUAGCCACCCCUUUUUCUUUAUCUUACUUUACACUUUGAAUUCAAUGUUUGAAUUUUAUGCCGGAAAAGUGGAUCGUUUUUCGGUGGUAGGAUGUCGAAAAGCGAAAAAAAAAGUUGGUUGCUGCCUUUCUUUAUUGGACAGCCAGAUUAAUUAAGUUUUGUAUUACAGCACUACUAUCGAACAUAUAGUAUAGUGUAGUCCACAUAAAUUUCGUUCAAUUCAGAGAACCCAAUAAACCUUCCAUGUAACUACAUA